AUGAAUAAAUUAGCGUUUUACGGUUAUAUAGAAUUUUUUGAUACUUUUGAAGAUAGAGAGUAUGUUGACAGUCUUGAAAACGAUGUAUUAAUAUCAUCUAUGAUUAAUGGAUGUUAUGCCAAUUUCGAAUUCAAUAAAAGAUGUUUUAAAUUGAAAUAUACGGAAGAACAUAAAGAUAUAAUGAAUGGCAUUAUGAUAUCGCGUAAUGAUAGUGAAUCAGAAUAUUAUAAUUCAGAAAAAUUAUUUUAUGAUUUCAAUUAUCCUUUUAUAAGAUACGCGUUAUUAGGUGUACAUAGAUCCGAUUUGAUAUAUUUAUCUAUAAUAUUUGAUUGGAGAUAUGUAUAUGAGGAUUAUAUGGUUAAGUAUGGGGAUCUAACUUGUUAUAGUUUAGCAUUGUAUGUAGGCAAUGAAUAUUAUAUAAAGGAUUUACACAAACGUUGUAAAGAUUCCUAUAAUAGUUAUGAACACGAUGACCGCUUCUUUAGACAUUUAAAUACCAAUAAUUUAAGAAUAAUGUCAAACAAGUUUCCUAAAUAUUCUCAGUUUGAUGAUAUACCUGAUUAUAUUGAAGAGUCUGAUUUUAUAGAUAUUGCUACGAAUGUGGAUACAUCUAAUGUUACAAAUUAUGAUAUUGUGAAUAAUUUUGAUUUAGCCUAUAAGUUAUAUAAAGAAGGCAAUACUUGUAAUAUAGUAUUAUCAAAGAUAAUAUGUAUGAAUCCUACUAAAUUUGAAAACUUGUUUAAAAAGUAUAAACCAUUUAUUAUAUUCACUAGAAAUCAAUUUGAUACACGAUGUAUGAGCAGGUAUUCUGAAAUAGAACCUAGAGUUAAGUACAAUAUUUUAUAUAACAAUAUAAUAUCUUUGACUAUACACGGUAGUACUAAAACAAUAGAAAGUGAUAUAGAUAUACCCGAGUACAAUUUAUAUGUAUUAUCAGUUAAAAUGAGACAGCAUAAUUUAGUACAUAAAAUAUUAGAAUUGUACAAAAAAGAAGGUUAUUUAAUUAAAAUAAUGGAUUUAGAUAAUGAAAAAUAUAUAGAUCCUCCUUUAUUGAUUAAAGAAUUACCUAUUGUUAAAAAUAUAGAUCUAAUUAAAGGUGAUGAAUUAAAUCCUUAUGCUUGA